UGUCCAUCUUUCUUAUACCCACUUGCCCUCCUCAAAGUUGAGACCAAGCUCCUCUUCUUCGUCUUCUCCUUGAUCUCUGCAGGCCAAGCAAUCUCUUCCCCCCUCUCUCUCUCUCUCUCAACCCAUACCAAACUUCCACUUCACACCAUCAGACUAGAUACUGGACAGAGAGAGAAACCGAUUGAGCUAAAGGGAGGAGGAGCUAUGCAUAUGCUUCUCUAGCUAUAGCUCCACACUAAUUACUCGGCAGCAAGUGCAGGACUUUAAUUUUCUCAUCCAAUCCAAGAUUAUGGCGAAUCGGUGGUGGACCGGCCACCUGAACCUGCCGGAGCAGCCGUCCGGCUCGUCGGCCCCCAAGACCGAGCCCCCGGCCGUCGUUAAAGACCCGGAGCCCAGCCCGGCAGGGGGCGCGCCGCCGGCCGACCACGCCGAUGAGACCAACGAGUCCGGUGGCGGCGAGCCGCGCGAGGGCGCCGUGGUCGCGGCGCCCAACCGGCGCCCGCGUGGCCGCCCGGCGGGCUCCAAGAACAAGCCGAAGCCGCCCAUCUUCGUGACGCGCGACAGCCCCAACGCGCUACGCAGCCACGUGAUGGAGGUGGCGGGCGGCGCCGACGUGGCCGACGCCAUCGCGCAGUUCUCGCGCCGCCGCCAGCGCGGCGUCUGCGUGCUCAGCGGCGCCGGGACCGUGGCCAACGUCGCGCUGCGCCAGCCUUCCGCGCCCGGCGCCGUCGUCGCGCUCCACGGGCGCUUCGAGAUCCUCUCGCUCACCGGCACCUUCCUCCCGGGCCCCGCGCCGCCGGGGUCCACGGGGCUCACCGUGUACCUGGCCGGCGGGCAGGGGCAGGUGGUUGGUGGCAGCGUCGUGGGCUCGCUCAUCGCGGCCGGGCCGGUCAUGGUGAUCGCGUCCACGUUCACCAACGCCACCUACGAGCGCCUGCCGCUCGACGAGGAGGAGGAAGGCGGCGGCCCAGCGCCGCCGAUGCCCGACCCGCUCUUGGGCGGCGGCCACGGGAUCGCCGACCCGUCGGCGCUGCCGAUGUUCAACCUGCCGCCGAGCAACGGGCAGCUCGGCGGGGGCGACGGCUUCCCAUGGGCGCACCCGCGGCCACCGUACUGAUGAUGCCAAGGUCAAGCAGUUGCGGCAUAGCGUGUAUGGUUACUGUUCCAUUGGAUCGGAGAUGGAUCGAGUGGCGCCAUUAAUUAGGUUAGUACAUAUGAUGAAGUGGUACUAGAUCGAUCGAGUGCUAGUGUUGCUAGCUAGUGCUACUUUAAUUAUAUUUGUUGUCGUGAAAUAAUAAUCAAAUUAAUCUCGGAGUGUUUAUUAUAUUUGUACUUAUGAAUUGAUGAGCGAGCUUUGCUCAUCGAUCAGCUUGCUUUCUUGGACGCAUGUGUUGCAGCUAUCCAUGUUUGGUUUAUUUUCAGAUAA